CUUGUGUCGGUCUGUAUGUUGGUUAGCAAAACAAACAACUCAACUUUGAUUCAGCUUACCACAACGUUUGGCCGUCAUUGCGGUCUACGACGACGAACUAUACUUCGACAACGAUGGCUGUAUCCUGCGAGAGGAAACUGGCCCGUGCGCCCUCAUUUCUCACGCCUGACAUAAGCCGCAUGUUCCCCUUGAUGAAAGCUCUUUUCAACAUCAACGAACUUCCAACGGUUGCCAACAAGUUCAGCGCCUUUCGCUUUUCUUCGUCGUAAGACACUACAACAUGUCACAGCAACCACCGCCGACGGUGAUGCCGCAGAAUAUGCUCCCUCCUGGUGAAGCGGAGCUUGCUCAAGCCAACUCCUACUACCCGCAAGAGCCUGCAGACCUUACGGGCGGUCUUCCUAUCAACCUUGACUCUCUACGUGAUGGUCCACCAGGAAGCAAACCAUUCUAUCCCUAUUCUACACUUAUACGGUAUGCUAUAAAGGGCUCUCCAAAUCAAAAGCUACUCCUCGAAGACAUUUACUACGCAAUUGAAUCCCGCUUUCCUUACUUUAGGAAUGCUCCAUCUGGCUGGAAGAACUCUGUGCGACACAAUCUUUCACUUAAUCCUUGCUUUGAGAAGGUGCCUCGUCCUCUCACCGACCGAGGAAAAGGCUCGUACUGGACUGUCAAUGAUAACGUUGACCCGAGGACGGGUGUCCAUCGGGUAAGAAAGAAGAAGCCGAAGGGUGCAAAGGGUAGGCAGUCGGAGGAGGAUCAGGAUGUGGAUUAUCAUCCUGAAGCAUUCAAUGACCCUAAUGCACAAUUUGUGCCGCCGCCGCCUAUGCAUCCUGACGAAGCAGGCCCCAGUCGACAAGCGCCGUAUCCGCCGUAUCCUCCCACUUUCGAUCCCAACUUUCAGAUGAUGCCUCCUCCACCUCCCGGUCUUCGUUUCCCUCCUGUGCCCAUAGAUGAUUUGGAGGUAGACGAGAGUGGGAAUAUUUUGUGGCGUUUGUCCUUGAUGAAAGAGCUUGCGCAUUUGCAGCAAAUUUCGUCGGAGAAGGACAUGGGUGAAGAUUGGUAUCGCGUGAUGCUCUUACGGAUGCGUGGGGCUGUCAUGGCACCGCCUCCUGCAUAUCAUGAUGGCAUGCACCCUCCACCUGGGAUGCCACCUCCACCUCCACCCAACGCAGAGUUGCAGCAGUGAACGUUUUAGCUCCAUCAUAACUCUGUCAUUCCUCAUAUUAUUUGACCUGUUCCCUUCUUCUUUCAUCCUUUUAGUAUUAAUAAUGGUCUCCGGUGCCUCUUGUCUUGAAUUCAUUCUACUACAGCGUGUUUUUUGUACGCCGUUUGUAUCCCAAUGAACUUUUUGCCGCGUACCCCAGCGUGGCCGAUAAUGCUC